AUGAGGUGGCCUGGGCCACGUGGGCCACGGAGUGCACAUCGACUGACUGCGUUGGUCUCCGCAUACCUCUGGGGCCGUCCAGGCUCACCCGAAGCGGACAUCACGUCAACACAUCCGCGACGAGACACGACGCCUUGUCGGUCGGCUUCCCAUGUCUCCAUGGAGCGCUUUCUGGUGCGCAAGCGGCCGCGCACCGAAGGUGCUGGUGACAACUGCACGUUGCCAAAUGAGGUGCAGGCUGAGCAGCACACGGAGAAGCCGGACGUCAACGGUGGAGCUCUGGACGAUCCCGAGAAGGUGAUUUCUUGGAACGUCAACGGCCUGGUGGUGCGGCUGCGCAAUGAUUGGAGCCAGAUGAAGACAUUCCUGGAGAGUGAGCAGCCAGAUGUGCUGUGCCUCCAGGAGGUCCGUCUCCCAGCGGCCGGGCCCAAAGGCUGCAAACGCGGCGAUGGGCAGAAGCGUCGACGGAGCGAGGUGAAAGGCGAUUCAGCACAGGAGAAGGCAGAUUGGGAUGUCGUGCAGAAGACGCUGAUUGCGACCUUUGGCGCUCAAUACGCUUUCCACUGGUCCUUAGCAGAUUGGAAGUACUCAGGCACCUUGGUGAUGAUCCGCCGCUCCCUGCGGUGUUCCAAGAUCGACUUCACCUUCAAAAGCUUCCAAGGCGUCCAUUGUGAUCCGGCCGACCCUAGCUGCCAUCCCGAGGGUCGAGUGAUCUAUGUCAGAUUCAAGAGCUUGGAUAUGCUGGCGACGUAUGCCCCGAACAAUGGCAAUGACUCCGAUGCCUUUGCCAGACGCAAAGCUUGGGAUGUGGCCAUGAAGCAGGAGGUGUCCGCGCGAGGUGGCCGGCCUUGGGUCUGGAUUGGAGAUCUCAAUGUGGCCGCAGACCGUGUGGAUGUGACACAUCCAGAUUGGUUUCUGCAGCAGUGCUACCAGGGAGAGCCUGAAGAGAUGCGAGGUCAACCUGGCUUCACCAAAGGCGAGCGGCGGCGAUUUCAAGAGAUCUUGAAGGAGGGUCGCCUGGUGGACUCCUAUCGGCAUUUGCAUCCCGUCGAGGACGUGCCACCACCGCUGGGGCCCUUCUACACCUGGCGAGGGCAUCCUCCAGUGCACCAGGCCUUUGCGAAAUACCAUGGCAAAGGGAUGAGGAUUGAUUACGCUUUAAUUGCGGAGGAGCUUCUACCACGCCUGGACUCCUCAGAGAUCCUGGGUUCGGGCGCUGACCGCGACGGAUUCCUAGGCAGUGACCACUGCCCCAUCCGCUUGAGGUUGAAGAAGGAGAAGGCGUGGCGCCAGUGGUGUUCGAUCUCGAUUGAAGGAAAAAGAGAACGUGCUGUUCAGGGAAAAUGGUGGAGGGUGAGAGGUGCAGAGGAGGUGAUCUUUGGCGAGAUGAGGCUCGCGAGUGGAGCCGUGCUGCUCCGGUCCAAGUCCAGCGUGGCUUUGCAAGGGUUGCAACCCAUUCUGCCCGGCCACUCCGUGGUGGUGCCAUGGCCUUCGGCCACGCGCCUUUGCGAGCUUUCAGAAGAUGCCAUGCUGGACCUUUGGCGCACCACAUUGGAAACAGAACGAGAACUGAGACGGAAACUGGAAUCCACUGCCAGCAACUGGGCUGUCUUCGAUGGGUGGCCUGCAGGUCAGCCAGUGCCUCAUGCGCACGUGCAUGUGGUGCCGCGAAAGCCGAACGACCUGGAGAAGAAUGACCAGGUGUAUGAGGCGUUGGAACGCUGGGUGCCAUCCUCCAAAGGAGCGGCUUGCCCCCCAUCGAUUGAGUGGCCUGAAGAUGAGGCGCGCAGAAAGCGCACAGGCGAGGAGAUGGCAGCUGAAGCGCUCAGCUAUCGUGCAGUGAUGCCAGGAAGCGGCAGCUUUCCGGAAGAACAGGCCUUUGCAUCCUUCCAGAUCCCAGGGUCCCACAUAUUCUAUGCCUCGGAGUUGACCGUGGGCUUUGUGAACUUGAAGCCCUUGGUGCCAGGCCACGUGCUGGUGGUGCCAAAGCGCGCCGCCCCUCGUAUGGAGGAUCUGUCAGCCGAGGAGUUCGAAGACCUCUUCCGUUCAGUGCGACUGGUGCAAGGUGCCCUGGAAGGAGCCCAUGGCGCUGAGGCCUCGCGCUUGGGCAUCCAAGACGGCGCCGACGCCGGGCAGACGGUGCCGCACGUCCAUGUGACCCGGGAGCACGUCCGAGUCUUCUCCGAGUCGGAGGGGACGAAAGGGGUGGGUCGCCCCGGAAAAGGUGCAUCGGGUCAGCCGAUUCGCAGAUCGGUGUUUGGCGAAGCCCGCAUGAUCCCGGAGAAGAAUGUGCGUGUGGUCUUCAAUGUCUCCCAGGUGGAGCCAGACAAGACCACCCAGGAGCAGAACUUCGUGGUGAAGUUCACGAUGAAUCAGAGCCACGAUGUCGAGGGCGUGAGCUUGUACAACUAUCCAAAUUAUCAGGAUCGCAAGUGCCUCUCCAAUGGAGAGUUCUUUUGCGACCCUUACGGCUAUCUCAGUCCUUUUGAACGACAGAAUAUCUCAGCAGAGAUGGCCAAGUUAAGAGCUCAGCAUUUGGUGGUUUGUGAGGACUUGGUCAUGGAACCGAUUGACCAGCGACACUUGAUGCCCUUCUAUGUCGGUGUGGCCAUUGCUGAGGCAGAGGCUGGCGGGGGCCCGAUGUCGAUGUCAUCGCUGAAGCAGUAUGGCCACCUGAUCAUGUCCGAGUGGACGCUUGAUUCCUUCUUUGCCAGCCCACCCACCAGUGUCACGCAUUGCCCCAACAAGGCACUCUUGCUGGUGCUGCCGAAGAAUGGACAGGCUGCCUUGGUCACUGACAGUUGCCACUAUCUCUGUGAGGACCGCAGCAAAAGUGGGCAAACGAUCGAGACGCAGAUGAAGAGUCAUACAGUGGCUGGAGCUGUGCUCGCAGGACUUCGCGAUGCAUACACCAGCCUCCCAGUCUCGGUCGUACAGGGAGAGGACAUGCCUCCUGUGAAACCAUUGCAGGAGUCCACUGAGACGUCAACGACGUCCGCCGAGACAUGGGUGCUCUUUAUCCAACGUGCCAUCUUUGCCUUCGCGGUGAUGGCGCUGGGCUUGAGCUUUGCCGUCGGCUUCCUGGUCGAUCGCUGCAUGAAUCGCUUGGCCUUUCGCAGGCAUUUGAUCAGCUCAAUCCCCUGCCGGACGGCCCCGAACGCGCACGAGCCACAAUCAGCCCAACCACCCACGUGGGUUCAGAUAGCAGGACUGUGCUCAGCUUUCGUGCCUAUAGCUGCAGACAUCGAAGACAUGCCACAGUUUCUUGGUGUGCCUGCGGUGAAAGUGAAGAACACCUUCAUUGACGUGGAGGAAUCGCCGAAGGAGACGAGUGAGCUGUGCCGGAGGGCCAAGUCGAUGCCUCCAGCCAGCAAUGCAAAAGGCAAGGGUAAGGGCGAGGAGGAGGAUGAGGAAGAUGACAGUUAUGAGAGUCAUGAAAGCCAGGAGAGUCCAGAGUAUCCAGAGUAUCCAGAGUAUCCUGAGUAUCCAGAGUAUGGAGAGGAGGGAGAGGAAGCAGAGGAAACCAAUGACGGAGAUGUCUCUUCUCCGAUUUCUCUACGUGAUACUCAUUACUCCGAAUCGCCGAGACCCACACAGGAUCGACACUUUCCAUCACGUUUAGCAUCCUGGCCAUUUAUCCCGGACCCGAUGAUGGUGCUUCUGCCCGUUCCCCCAACACCACCAGGGGCAGCAGCUAAGAGUGACGAUAUUGAGGUGAACGAGAACAAGUUGAUGUGCGAUUUCGAUUCGACCAGCGGUGCCUACCAUGUGACCUGGACCAUUGAUGCUCGGAAGCUCGACAGCAACGACAAGCAGGCGGUGUCCCCAUCCUUCGAGAUGUCCUGGAAAGGUGAGGAACCGAAGGUCUUCAAAGUGAUGCUCUUCCCCGAGGCCGCGCCAGGAGUCCGAGGUGCCUACAACUUCAAGAAGUCCCGAGGACGCUCAUACAUCCGUUUGAAGUGCGAAGAUGAGAUUUGCUCUUCCACUCUGGCCACCGUACGGCUGGCCAUUGGCGAGGAGGUUCGUGGUCCAGUGAGGCACGACUUUUUACAGAGCGUCACCUGUGGCUUGCCGAAGAAACAUUCCGUUUGGGACUGCAAGAGGCUGUGUGAUGGGCUUUUGAGUUUUCCCGUGACACUGGACAUCUUGCCGUUUGAGCGGCCUGAGAGCAUCAAGAUUUGAGAACUCUCAUAAUUCACCCCUACAAAUUGGGGUGAUCAAAACCUCCUCCCUCAGAAAGACACUACUGAGUUUUUCCAGCGCAAUUGCGGGAGGAGGACCUGCCUUUGCAAUGUGAGCUGAUCGGAUGCCAUAGAAACGCUUUAGCCC